UGGAUCUUUUCUCGCUUUAUUUGAGCGAGGGGAUGCCCUGCCUGCAAUCUGAGGUGUUCGAGUCCAUGGAGUCAAGCAGUACGACUCCUGCCAAGGCAUCAACUGAUGCUGCCACGGGAAUGGAGGAGUCCUUCAACGGGGGGAAAGAGACGAAACCGCCGACGAUGAAAAGCACGGGCUGGUUCUUUUCUCCACUGUGGAGCCCACGCUCCAAGACGCACAGGAAGAGGUUUGAGGUCGGCGUGAAGAGCAACCAGGUGGAGGCAUGGCUCGAUGACCACUCCGACUUUACAAGAGCUUACUUCCUACGCAGAGGUUCCGCGUAAGUGAAAAACAACAACAGCAGCCAGGCAAUGUGUGAGAAAGGGCUUAAAAAAAGUCUUAAGAAAGUGUAAGAAAAGUAGUCAAAAAGAGCAAGUUUGUUGUAUCUUCAGACAGGAAAUCACUUGUUACUGCUGCAGUAGAGUUCCUGUGGUGGUGGUUGAAAAAAAUCUUGGAGUGCAACUUAACUAAUUAUACAACUAAGUCAGAAAACUUAAUUUAUACCCAUUUGACUGGAAAUCUCUGUCAAUUCCAUUAAAGGGGAAAUGGAUUAUCAGGACAUAACUAAAGAGAUACUUGCCUACAGGGGAGAGUGGGGUAAGUUGAGCCACCCCCUGUUGGUUGGAAAUGGUAAAAGAAAUUGAUCAUGUGACCAAAUAUUUAGGAGAUGGGCAUCAAUUCAUGGAGUCUGUGAAGGUUAGAAGCACAUGGGUGAAGGGGUUAGACAUUUAUUUAAAAAAAAAACAAAAAACAUUUUUCACUCUGUAAAGUGAAUCUAGUCUGUCAUAAGUUUGAUUAGAAUUGUGUUCAGACCAAAAAAGAUCAUUUUAAAUGUGUUUUAUACAUCAGUUGUGGUAUCUAUGAGCUACAACACGAGGUCAAAAACCUAACAUUAAAGUCCACCAUUUUAGUUUAGAGGACUAAUAAAGUCACAAAAGUAGUUCAGGGGUAAGUUGAGCAAUUUGGCCCGGGGUAAGUUAAGCCAGUGGCUUAACUGAGAAAGUAAAGGAGUCUGAUGAGAGGAUCAGAGUUUCAGUUCAGAUUGUUGAAAUGUGUUACUUUUUCUUUUCAAAAAUACAGCUGUGAAUGUUCUGAAUCACUUAAAGACAUUCUCGUGUUAAAAUGGUUUUUUACAAAACAGCUUUUAACAGUUAUAUGCAAUAAUAAAAAUAAUUAUUGUACCAGUUGAAUAGUGUAUAAUAGAUAAAAAUACACAUGAAUGUGAAGAAGUGACUGUUAUUUAGGGAGAGAGAAGGUGAGGGAGGGCUGGAGUGGAGAGUGGGGGGGGGUAGUAGGGAUACGGCUCAACUUACCCCGUGUAUAGGGUAAGUUGACCAUAGGAGACCACCUUUUUUGGCAUGCUAUAUUAUUAAGACAGUUCUGUUUACACUCAUUCUGUUGGUUUGCAGGGAUGAACAACAUCUUCAAAUAUCUGCAGAUUCACUAGUUAGAGACAAAACUAUGAUUGACUUGAUGUAGUGAUCUGAAAUAUGAAAAAUGGCUCAUCUUACCUCACUCUCCCCUACAACUAAGUUAGAAAACUUGAUUUAUACCUUUUUGACUGGAAAUCUAUGUCAAUUGCAUCAAAGGGGAAAAUGAUAAUCAGGACAUAACUAUAUGCUCAUGUUUUAAACUUUAGUUCUCAAAGUCAUCUUUUAUUCUUUUAUUUUGUUUGUCUAAAUCAGACUCCAAUCAAAUCUCCAGUUGUGGGACUAUAAUUAUAAUGGUGUUUUAUGUCUCAGCAGUAUAUUUCAGUAACCUGAAGUGCUCUGUCCUGUCUGUGCUGUAGGGUCGGUGGUGCACAGACCGAGACGUCUCCUCUGCCCCCCAGGCUUCAUAAGAGCACCUCAGAUCACUCUGGCGUGCUCAUGAAGACUCCCCACCAUCGUAGAGGUUCCUCACCAUUCAGCGGCUCACUCUUGACCAUUUCUUCUACACCAGACAGGCUCAAGCCCCUCACUCCAAACCGCGGUGCCUCUGAGUGGAUCGAUUGUUUCAGUCCAGAUAUUAUGGGCUGUCACUCUCCUCUCUCUCCUCGCUCCUCUCGCUUCUCCUUCUCUCCUGGUAUUCCUCUUUCACCUGUAUGCCCCAGUUCUCCUGAGUUAUCCCACUCCCCCCCUCAGCCUCAGCGUCCCACCGCUACAUCGACUGUAGCCUGCGGGAAUGGCGAGUGGUGCCCAUGGAUGAUGGAGCUCCUGAGAGGCGGUCUCAGCUGGAUGGGCUCUGUGGCAGAGCUCUGCCAUGGCGCCGUCCUUCACGCUGGGGAAUUGCUUGAAGCAGAAGGUUGCUGUGUCUCCUUAGUGAGGAAAGACUGUGGUGGACGGAGCACAUUGGAGGAGGCUGUUGCUCUGAUGGAGUUGGGUUGUUCAAGCGAAGGGAACCACAGCAUCUGUGCACACAUGGAACUGGUGAAGGGCAUCAUGGGAUGUGUAAUGUCCACAGGGUCACCAAUGAACCUGAGAGAUGUAUCAGAGGUAAACCUUUAGACAUAGCGGAGCACAUACGUUGAUGUUGCGAAUCUGCAGAGAUAUUUUAAAACUCUAGCCUCAAUAUGUCCCCUAUUUCCUGAUAAGCUGUUUUAAGAUCAACUUGGCAUUUUCAUCAAGGGUUCAGCUGCGUUAGGGAAUCCCAGAUGACGCACAUACACCUAAUCUUAUAAGAGACGUCUUCCACAGAUUAGCAUAUGUUUAAAGACGCAGCAGAGAUAUCUACUACUCUUCAGCCUGUCCUCUCCUCACAUAAAACACACACACACACAUGUAAACAGAGAGACGGCAAGGUACUCGCCCUCUCCUUACAUGGCCUUUAACACCAAUGAGAUUAGGACUCUGUGCCAACACUUGGCAUAACUGCACACCGGGUAAUCCCUAAUCAGCGUGGGUGUGGAUACAUGAGGCCUAGUUCCUUUUAAGCUUUGGGACACCGUGGUUAUUUAGAGAGGGGGGUAUUCCUGUCUGGCUGUGUCUGAAAAGUAAAGGGUAAAGUGUGUAGGUGUAGUCUGUAGACUGACAAAUUACAUAAAAGUCUAGUUGACCCAACAUGAAGCAUUUUAAAUUCUUUAACAAACGUAGAAAAGUGUUUUGUUUUUCUGCAGUCUCAUUAACUUAAAGUUUUUUUUCUAAUACAGGACCCCAGAUUUGAAACCGUUGACAAUCAGUCCUCAAAGGUCCGGACCAUUUUGAGCAUUCCCAUCAAGAACCACAGAGGAGAGGUAACAUCUGUUAUUUGUUAUCAUCUUUACCUCUUAGCCCUCUUCAGACACAAUGAUUUUUAAUUUUAUUUUAAAGAUUACACAUAGAAAUAUAAAAUAUCUUCUUUCUUUUGCACAGGUGGUUGGUGUAGUUGUUAUGAUUAACAAGAGAAAUGGCUCCGAUGGAUCAGUUUCUGUUUUUACCAACAUGGACGAAAAGGUGAGUCGUGCUAGGUUUGUACCUGUUACUCAAUGGAUAGUAAAUGUAAGAGCUUUUGUCUAUGGUAUAUUACACAUUACACAACACAAUUUAAUAAUAGGAAAAAUGGCUUUAUAUAAACACUAAUACAGGGUAUUAUAGCACUCAGACUGAAUAUCAACUCAUUUCAAGUGCUAUCAUCACAGUGGCUUAAUACCACUUUAUUAUCCGUACUGGUCCUCAAGCAAUUAUCAGCAGACUAAUGUUUUGUUUCACAAUACAAACAAAAACAAAGAUAUCCACUUGCUGCGGGGCAGACAUUCUGGACAUACUCAAGUGUGCAAGGAAAUAAUUAUGUGCUCCUUUGCAACUAUUUUCAUCAGGUUGAAUGAACAAAUCAGAGCAAUCCUCUAGGGUUACUUAUUGACAAGUUCUUACCAGUACACAUGAGACUUGAAUAAUUAUUGUAUAAAAGCUGUUACACUCAAUAUCAUGCUGUUGUACUAAUUAUCAGAAUGGCUUUGAAUAACUUCUGCACUUCACCUGCAGACCUGUGCCCUGUAUAUUGUGUCUCUAUAGUACAACAGCACUUGCUCUAAUCUGAUAUCGCUCGAUUAUGUACUGUAUGCAUAUCUCUAAUUUCAACGUUUUGUAUAAAUUGAUCAAUUCCUCUGCCUGGGGUCUAAUGGCUGUCUGGGGCGAGUACAUUUGGGUCAAGUUCAUGUUAUAGUGAUUUGUUUUUUGACCAGGUGCUGUCCAAUCACAUGGAUGUGUUGGGGAUGUUCCUGGAUAAUGUCCAGUUGUAUGAAAGCUCAAGACAGGAAGCUAAACGGAGUCAGGUAACAACACAAGGGAACAACAGACAGACAGUCCAUCCUGUAUGUAUUCAUGUGUCUGUUGAUAAAAACCCAGGCUUGUUUGUGUGCAGGCCCUGAUCGAGAUGGCAGAGGUUCUAUCAAAGGAACACCAUUCCUUUGAGGUUAUGAUCAGUAAGAUGGCGGCCACCAUCAUGCCCUUCUCACGUGCUCAGUACUGCACUAUUUUCAUCCCCAGCAAAAAACACAAGGUGCACUAUCCUGUUUAAUAGUUUUCUUGUCCUCACAAACUUUCACAUCUUAUCAUUUCUGUCCUAUUGUAAAGUAUUGUCUGUCAUUUUGAUGGUUUCCUCUUAGGAUUCGUUCUCCAGAGUGAUCCACCUUGAGUGUGAAGAACUUGGAUCUACCUGCCAGAUCUACAGAAGGUACUUUUUAGAUGCUGUUAAAGUUUGAAGACACAGAAAACUUGUCAUCUUGUCGAUAUGCUGACUGAUUAGACUGAUUUUAUUGGACAUGAAACUAGCUUAUGGUUUUGUGUCGUUUUUCAGAGAGCGUGACAUCAGUGACAUCGACCAGUCGUACGCCCUGCGCACUCUGUCUGCUAUGGAAACAAUUAACUUGUCAGACAGCAGUGAUGAAUCUGUAAAGAGUCUGAUCUGCUGCCCUGUCAGAAAUGAACGGUCUGAAGAUGUUAUUGGUAAGACUCAUUUGAAUGGUUUAUACAUAAGUCUCACUUUCACUCUCUAAGUUAGACAGAAAAUGAUAUUGGCUUAUGCUAGCAUGCACCUACAGUAACUGUGAGCUUUUACAUCCCUACCAGAUUGCUAACAUAGCCCUGAGCUAAAAACACAUGCCAAUUUCAUCAUGUUAUUUAAAGCUCCUAUGAGGGAUUUUUAAGUUGUGUCCAUUUUGGAGAAAUAACCUCUCUUCUUUUUGAUGGUCUUUGCCACACUCGUUGGUCAUAUAGAGGAAUUAGUAUUUAUUUCAUUGAUUAUCAUGAUUAGUAGAAAACUCCUCACUGGAGCUUUAAUACUGGGGACGAGUUAAGAAGUUAGCUGUGAACUGAAACAGAUGUUAGGUUGACACAAAAUAUGGCGUGAUGUUCCUCCAGUCUUUUAAAUUGAAUGUGGAAAAAUGUGGUGUACAACAUUUGAACAGCAUUUUAGCUUCAGACUUUGAGCAUGACUUUCAAAGAAAAUGGCUGCUGUGUCUCUCUGUGAAACUGACCUUUAUUAACUUCUUUACUAUUGAAUAGCGGUGUGCCAGCUAAUGUGCAAAAGAUGCAGAGACUCGGAUGAACUGGAGGCCUUCAACAGAUAUGAUCAGCGCCUACUGGAGGACUUGGCGGUGUACUGCGGUCUCGCCCUGCAAUAUGCUCAGGCGGUACAGAUCACAGAAGAGAGGAGAGCCAGUAUUGAGGUUACACAGGAGGUACGUUUCUGUUUCAUUGUUGCUCCAGUUUCCCAGUUUCAGAGGAAUGAAACUCAAAUAUUGUGUUUCUUCUUACUGUGACAGGUUCUGGCCUAUCACAUCACAGCAGCGGAGCAGGAAGUCCAAGCAUUGCAGGUGAGAGAAAAACGUACUUUCCGUCUUGUCUUCUCUUGGACGUGUUUGUUUAUCAUCCUCUUUUUCACAGUUCUGAGCCCCCUGAUUUUACCCUCAUCAACCCCCUUUGAGGAAUGCUGACAGAUAGAUUAAUAAGAUUUUCUGCAAAUGAGCAACUAAAGCUCUAUCAACUUAAGAAUGACAGCUGUCACUCCAUGUGGGUGGCAAAGGUCAUGACAAAAGAUACAGAGAAAUCUAACCUGUCUGUUUGUUUAAUUUCUUGCAUUUUAGGAUAUUUUGAUAACUUUUUUUCCUGUUUGGUUUCUUUCAGGACGCCACAAUUCCUUCUUCUGAAUCGCUGCGUAUUUUGGACUUUGGUUUUUCUGGUUUUGGUUUGCCAGAAGAUACAACCUCCCAGGCCACUGUUCGUAUGUUCCUGGACCUCAACUUGGUGCAGGAUUUUAACAUUGAUUACAAGGUGACUAACAUCAACAACUGACUCUAUGGUCAACAUUAGUGGUGGAUUCAGGAUUUUUAUUACCUUUCAUCCAUUAAUAAGCUGUCUGUGUCUGUAUUACCUAGAGUCUCUGUCAGUGGGUCCUGACUGUGAGACGCGGUUAUAGGAACAACGUGCCUUAUCACAACUGGAGCCAUGCACUCAGCACUGCACAGAGCAUGUUCGCUAUUCUCAUGGCAACAGACCAACUCCAGGUGAGUGUGUUUCUCAUGUGCAUGUAACAAAACCAGUUUCACCGGCAAAUCUGUUUUUCGUGUGCAAAAUUAUCAUGCUUGAGAGCUCCUGAGACUUUAUUUUAUUCAAUUCACCGGUGCAUGCUGCCUGUAAUUAAAAAAAAAAGUAUGAAACUAUUCAAACCCUAUCAACACACUAAAGACCUGAUUUGUGGUUUACAAACCUUGGCUCUGGCAGUUGAUCCUUAGCAUUGUUUUAUUCAAGAGGCCAUAAAGUCAAGAAAAUGUAAUGCUAACUGACUAAGGCUGCACGAUAUUGGAAAAAAAUAAUAUUGCGAUUUUUUCAACCCUGCGAUAUAUAUUGCGAUAUUAAAAAUACAGUAUUUUCACCAGAUGACCUGAAUAGCACUUAAUGUUAUGCUGCACUGCUGAAAUCUUGAGGACAGUUAAUCUGCUCUGAUCUUACCUCUUUUUGUGAAUGUUAGUAGAACGGCUUCUGUCUGUCUCAGAGAUAUUUUUAGCUUUUAUUGUGCUGGGACGUUAUUGUGGCAACAGAUGAACACAGAAGACGUGUUUUGGUCGACAUCAUCCUUCUUUUAACCGAAAUAAUUCCAGAUAACUGACUUUCCUUUUCUUUUUGGCAACAAAUCUUCAUUUUCGGUGGUUUUCGCUUGUUCGUUGUUCAUUUUGCGAUCGUUGUUGUUGUUGUUGUUAGCGGUGUUGUGCCGAGAAACGCAUGUCCUCCGAGAAUUGCAUGCACCUCGCAAAACGCGCACUGCUUAUAGUAGAGUGGUCCACGGAAAUGUACAAUUUAAAACCCAUACAGUUCUUAUUUGUUGGGCUUAACAGUCAUGAGUAAAGUUCCGAAAGUAAUUCUCAGCGGACACACGUCUCCCUCCAUGUGCAGAACAUGUGCAGGGGUGGGUUUUCUCCGCCCUGAUUUUGAUUGACAGCUGGCAGGGUAGUCUGAUUGGCAACUGAGAAGUGAGUCUGAUUGGCAACUGAGUUAAGGACGAAGGUGAUUGGUGGAUCGCUGCACAGCACAUGCAGAGUCACAUGGAGUGUAUCUCAGUCGGUUACCCUUGAAAUUAAAUGAGUUCAUUCACCUCCAAUAUCGCAGGCUCUGCGAUGUGACUAUCGCACACACGUACAUCGCGAUGACGAUGGUCAAACGAUAUAUCGUUCAGGCCUAUAACUGACAUUGUGAUGACGCAAGUUUCGCCUAAUAUCCCAAAGUCAGCAGAUUUUUGAUAUUUUUUAUUUCUCACUUGAAUACAGAAACAAAAUGUAUCCCUGAGAAUGACAUAUCUUAACCCGUCUAAAGUUUUGUGCUCUCCUAAUAAAUUGAUGAUUAUAUUAAAUAUAUCUUCCAUGUUGUCAGUGGUUUUUCCACACUGUCAACAGGAAGAGGUGAAAUCUUCAACAGUUUACUUGACGGGCUGUAUCCCUUCUGCUGAUCGAAGUGUCAUCUGUGUGAUCAGUCUGUUCCUGGCUCUGCCUUUGCUGUUUGGACUUAGGAACAAGGGAUUUUGACUAAUCAGAAUCGAGUCUUUAACACCGCCUGCUAAAUAGUCGUUUCAGGGCUUUUGCCAAACCCUGCCAUAAGCUGUGUCUUCUUCAUAAAUAUCUUCUGAGUACUAUCUGUUUAAAGUUUGUCUGCUCUGAUAUUUAUGGUGAAGUUAUUUGAGGACUGCUGGCUCUCUAACUGCACAGCCACCUUUUACUAUUUGUAACAAGAAUAAUUUUAGACCUUUAUAAACCCUCUUAGCUGCUUUAUUAAGGGGAUCAAACACAACAGUCUGGAGAUCAACUUAAGUAACCUCUGCUCCUCCAUACUUAACUCUCUCCUUAUUGCUCUCUUACUACAAGACAGUUAUCUAUUUCAUUGAGUUGGUGUAAUAAAAAUAUGUAAAAUAAUCAGGUUUUCACUAAAGAAGUGUAAGUUUUUAUUUUCUCUUGCACUCAUUUUCUGUCUCUUUCUACAUUUUGUUUUACAGACGAUCUUUUCCCGUUUGGAGAUUUUAGCGUUGAUGAUUUCCACUUUGUGUCACGAUAUUGACCACAGAGGAGUCAGCAACUCUUACAUAGAAAAGUAAAUAUAACAUCGUAUUCUGUCAUUUUUAACCCUUAAUUGAUCUGUGUGCACUUUCUUGGUAAUUCAGUCAGUUUGAAGCUGCUGCUUUCUUACUUUCAUUUCUCUAUUUUUCAGGAGUCAACAACCUUUAGCUCAACUUUAUGGACACUCGUCUCUUGAAAACCACCACUACAACUUGUGCCGUUUUAUCCUAAACAAUGCUGUAAGACCUCUCCCAUUCAUCUUUUCAUCGAUUUCAAAUCAUCUCCUCUUUCUUUUUUUUAAUUUAGUGAUAACAGAUAAAUAGUGUUUUUCAAUAAUAACACAUAAAGUGCAAAAGCUUUGAUUUCAUAUGAUACUCUUCAAGAAUUUACAUGAAAGCUUAAGUGUAGACUCCAUGGCUGUUUUCUAAACAGACAGCUUCUUAUCUCUCAGACUCUUCAUUUUUCUUCUCCCUCCUCUCCUAGGGAUGUCAGAUUCUCAACAGUCUCUCUCCAGAGGAUCAAAAAUCUGUACUACAGAUGAUCAAGAGGGCCAUCCUCGCCACUGACCUGACCGUCUUUAUGGAGUAUGUUAAAACAUCAGAUCUCCAGUAACCGUGAUUUACUGGUAAGCAUUGUGCAUCCUGUUUAACCCUAACACUCUUUUUUUGUGUCCGUCUUGUUAGGAGGAGAAAAGAGUUCUUUAGUCUCAUUAAGAAAAACAAAGCGAACUGGAAGAGUGAGAAGCAGAGAGAUCUACUGAGGUGAGAAUCACAUCAUAGAGUUAUAUGUUGAGGUGGUGCAUGCACAGGACUGUCCCUUUUUAAAGUAUUUCUUCACCUCUCAGGUCGAUGUUGAUGACAGCCAGUGACCUCUCUGCCAUCACAAAGCCUUGGCAGGAACAGCAAAGGGUACGUCUCUCAGUAUUUUCAUCUGAACACCUCACACCAACACCUCAGGCAAACUGAAUUCAUUACUUCUCUGUCAAAACAGAUCGCCAACCUGGUUGCGAUGGAGUUCUUUGCACAAGGGGACAGAGAGAAAGAAGAGUUCAAAAUCAAUCCUGUUGUGAGUUGUUUUUUUAAAUGUACUUGAUAAAUAUAUUCAACCUACUAAAAAGGACCAAGUUGUCAAAAUAUAUUGAAACUGGAGUUUUUGCAUGUGUGUUUUUUCAAAAUUGAUUUAGUAGAGAGGAAAUCCAGAAAUAUUUCCUGGCGUUAUUUCAGGAUGAUAUUUAAUUUAUUUACUAGUGAUUCAUUUGAGGGAAAUGCCUUCCUAAAUAUUUAGUUCUGUCAAAGGUCGCAUCUUGUGCAAUCAGAGGAAAUAUCCUUCGGGAUCCCAUAUCGUAUAAGCCUUUUCGAGGGCUUUUCCAGCCAUUAAGACUUCUUUUGGAAAUCCCCAAAAUAAGGCUUACGCUUAAUUAGAUUAACUAUAAUUGACCUGACCUUCUAUGAAAAGGUUCUUUUCUAACAGCUUGUUUACACUCUCUCUGUACCAGGGCAUAAUGAACAGAGAGAACAGCGCUCGUCUGCCAUACCUGCAAGUUGAAUACAUAGAUGGUGUCUGCUAUCCACUCUAUAAGGUGGGUUAUUUCUAUGUUUUGUCAUCAUCUGCUUAAAUCACUCUCAUGGCUCCAGUCAUCACACUCUUUGUCAAUAUUUCCCCCAGGCUGUCUCAGCACAGUUUGAAGCGUGCUCCCCGCUGAUGAUUGGAUGCAAAAAGAACAGAGAAAACUGGCUGCAACUUGCUCGGGAAGCUGAGGAGGACAGUGAAAAUAGUUUUUGUAGUAUAAGCCUGGAAACUUGUGAAGGUGAUGAACGAAAGUCACAGACAGAGGAGUAGAGGACUGAGCAGAAGAUGAAGAUCUCACAGCUUGGGGAGCACAUAAGAGUUUUACCCAUCCAUACUUGUUGUUCCUCUUCCUUUGCCUGGCAAAUCUGCUGGAAAUAUUUGCUCGGUGAAGACACUUAUGAACUUUUACUGCAAAUUAUGUUGAAGGGAUUUAAUAUUGUACACCAUUGUUUAAAGUAAUGUGGUAGUUUUGAUUGAAUUUCUCUGUACUGUGUAAUGAAUCCAUAUCACGAUACUUAAAUGCAUAAUGUGUUGAAUGUGUCUUUGCAAAACAUGCCGCCACAGACAGUCAAACUAGGAGUGA